AUGAAGCUGAAGUUUCCAAACCCGGGACUGGAUGACCGAAUCCCGUCUCAUGCGGAACUGGAGAGGAUGGAGAAGGAGGAGGCAGGGGACAGGCCAAAAUGGGACAACAAAACCCAGUACCUGCUCACCUGUGUGGGCUUCUGCGUGGGACUUGGCAAUGUGUGGAGGUUCCCUUACCUGUGUCAGAGCCACGGAGGAGGAGCAUUUAUGAUCCCGUUUCUUAUCCUGCUGGUCCUGGAGGGCAUCCCACUGCUGCACCUGGAGUUUGCCAUCGGUCAGCGCCUGAGGAAGGGCAGCGUGGGGGUGUGGAGAUCAAUCCAUCCAUGCCUGACUGGAGUUGGUAUUGCAUCCUUGCUUGUCUCAUUUCUGGUGGGCAUGUACUACAACACCAUCAUGGCCUGGAUCAUGUGGUAUCUCUUCAACUCCUUCCAAAGUCCUUUGCCCUGGAGCCAAUGUCCUCUAAAUGCUAACAGGACAGGUCUGGUGGAAGAGUGUGCUCGGAGCACCACUGUUGACUACUUCUGGUACAGAGAGACUCUGAACACUUCAACAGCUAUCGAUGAGUCAGGAGGUUUACAGUGGUGGAUGGUGCUUUCCCUGGUGGCUGCCUGGACUUUGCUUUAUGUUUGCUGCAUCCGGGGCAUCGAGACCACUGGAAAGGCUGUUUACAUCACCUCAACUUUGCCAUACUUGGUCCUCACCAUCUUCCUCAUUAGAGGACUGACUCUGAAAGGAUCUAUAGAGGGGAUUAAGUUCCUCUUCAUACCAGAUGUAGAUGAGUUAAUGAAUCCAUCGACCUGGUUGGAUGCUGGUGCUCAAGUUUUCUACUCCUUCUCUUUGGCCUUUGGAGGUCUUAUCUCUUUCUCCAGUUACAACUCUAUUCACAACAACUGUGAGCAAGAUGCCGUUCUCAUCUCGAUCAUCAAUGGCUGCACCUCUGUGUACUCCGCCACUGUCAUCUACUCCAUCAUCGGCUUUAGGGCCACAGAGAAAUUUGACGACUGCACAUCAGACAACAUCUUGAAGCUGAUGAAUGCCUUUAACUAUCCUGAAAACAACAUCACAGAUGGCAACUACGAUCAGGUUCUGUCCCAAUUCAACCAGACAAAUCCAGACAUCAUUCAAGGAUUGCAAUUACAGACUUGUGACAUGCAGACUUUCCUCAGUCAGGGCGUGGAGGGAACAGGUCUAGCCUUCAUCGUGUUCACAGAGGCCAUCAUCAAAAUGCCUGUUUCUCCUAUAUGGGCUGUCCUCUUCUUUGUCAUGCUGUUCUGCCUUGGUCUCUCGACUAUGUUUGGGAACAUAGAAGGAGUGGUGGUUCCUUUGCAGGACCUCAACAUACUGCCUAAAUCUUGGCCCAAAGAAAUUUUCACUGGUCUGACUUGCUUAAUCUCUUGCGCUUGUGGACUGAUCUUUACCCAGCAAUCUGGAAACUACUGGCUAGCUCUUUUUGACAGCUUUGCUGGCUCUAUCCCACUGCUGGUCAUCGGGUUAUGUGAAAUGAUUGCUGUGAUGUACAUCUACGGGGUAGAUAGGUUUAACAAGGACAUUGAGUUUAUGAUCGGCCAUAAACCCAAUCUUUUCUGGCAGGUGACGUGGAGGGUGGUCAGUCCACUCAUUAUGGUCGUCAUCUUGAUUUUCUACUUUGUAACCCAAAUCACUAAGAGUCUCACAUAUUUGGUGUGGGACCAGGAGGCGGUGGAUUUCCCAACCCUUGAAGCACGUCCGUUUCCCUCCUGGAUCAACGUCAUCAUCUUCAUCUUGGCUGGAGUUCCCAGUUUAGCUGUCCCAGGGUUCGCCCUCUACAAAUUCAUCCAGAAUAAAUGCUGCAAAAAGGAGGACUACAGUGAUGACACAGUGGACACUAUCUCUACCAAAGUAGAAAUGAAUGACAAAAUGAAGAUGUAG